UCAAUGAAUGCUUACUGUUGGUAUCAGAAUCAGCACCAGGAAUAGAUAGAGAAGAGAAGGAGGUGAAUGAAGACAAGGAAAGUGAUGGGAACACCAAUCAAGAUACAAUGGAGUAUAACAGAGGGACUGCUAAUACCAGCUGGAAUCAAUCAAGGAGUGAUAUUAAUAUUAGUAUAAUGAUACCAGAAGAUGUUAAUAAAUCAGAUAUAAUAUGUAUAAUGGAGAGUACCAGUAUCAGUGUUGGUUUAAGUGAUGGUACAACAUACAUUAGGGGAGAUUUAUUAUACACUAUUGAUGAAUGUACUAGCACCUGGACCUACUCUAAAGGAAAAUAUUACGCUGGAGAAGAUGGCUGAUGGUGUUGAAUGGAGUUCAUUAUUUAAAGAUGGUUCGUUACCACCAUUAGAUGAUGAAUCAAAAGAAAUGAAGAGAAAAAGAUCUACUCUUGUAGGAGGUGAUUGUGGUUCUCCUUCAAAAUAUUCCAAGCAAUCACUGAUUACCAAUAGUUUGGAAGAAUGUGAUACAGAUGAUGAUCAGGAUAUUAAUGUGUAUCUAAUCAAUAACAAUGGAUUCAUUGUACAAAAG